CAGGAGCAGUAGAGGAAGAGAGCUGAUAAACGCUUUGAACUCGUCUGUUUAGUAGUACACAGUACAAUGGGACAGUAAAGCACCAUUGAGUGAGCAUAUCUACCUUGUAUUCACAGGUCCGCGUGUUUAUAUGUGUGUAUGAUGGCGUGGGGAGUGUGCAGCAGGGCUCUGGUGUGGAUUAUAACUGCGAUCACAUGCUGGAGUAACAGCAGUUUCAUGGGCUUUUGUGGCAGCAGCACGGUGUCUGUACCGGAGAGCCUGCUCUUUGUGUCUACGCUGGAUGGGAACUUUCACGCCGUCAGCAAGAGAUCCGGAACAAUCAAAUGGACUUUAAAAGAAGAUCCUGUUUUGCAAGUACCAACACACGUGUCAGAGCCUGCGUUCCUCCCAGACCCCAAUGACGGCAGUUUGUACUCUCUUGGAGGGAAUAAUAAUGAGGGCUUGACGAAACUGCCGUUCACCAUUCCUGAGCUGGUCCAGGCAUCUCCCUGUCGCAGUUCUGAUGGCAUCUUGUACACUGGUAAGAAGCAAGACGUGUGGUAUGUUGUGGAUCUGAUGACUGGUGAGAAGCAACAAACACUGACUUCUUCCUACGCUGAGAUGUUAUGUCCGUCUUCAUCACUGCUCUACCUCGGCCGCACUGAAUACACAAUCACCAUGUAUGACACCAAGAGCAGAGAGCUGCGCUGGAACGCUACUUAUUCCGACUACGCUUUCACCCUUCCAGACGACGACACCAAACACAAUAUGGCCCACUUUGUCUCCAAUGGCGAUGGCCUAGUGGUGACGGUGGACAGCGAGUCCGGAGACGUGCAGUGGGUUCAGAAUUACAACUCUCCUGUGGUGGCGGUCUACAUCUGGCAGCGCGAGGGCCUGCGCAAGGUCCCGCACACCAACGUUGCCGUGGAAACGUUGCGUUAUCUUACUUUCAUGUCAGGAGAGGUCGGCCGCAUUACACAGUGGAAGUAUCCGUUUCCUCGGGAGAAGAAAACCAAAGAUAAACUGAUGUCUACAUUGUAUGUAGGGAAACACUCCUCUGGUCUGUACGCUUCUCCCUCUCUGGUGCAUGAUGGAGUUACUGUUGUGCCUCGUGGCAGGACGUUUCCCAUGCUGGAGGGCCCCAGUAACCAGGACUCAAGCAUGGAAGAUGAGCAGGAGUGUGUGAUCACUCCCAGUACCACAGUGAAGUUCAGUGCAGCGCUUAAAGAGAGAAACCGUAUCAUCUUUAUGAGGAAUGCGCUGCUACUAAUAGGUCACCACGAGACGCCACCGGAUGCUCAUACUAAAAUUCUGGAGAAAUUUCCAGAGAGUAUCCCACGCCAACAUAUCAAUAUCAUUCCCCCUGCCACAGAGAAGACCAUUGAAGAGAAAGUAAAUGAGAGUGGAAUGGAAGACAACAGUCCUCUGUCUCCACCUGUGUCAUCCCUGCAGGAGAAACCUGGCCGCAUCCCACGCGUGGAGACUCCAGUGGACUCCAUGCUGAAGGACAUGGCCACCAUCAUCUUCUGCACUUUUCUUCUGGCUGGCUGGGUGGCCUUCAUCAUCACCUACCCUAAGAGUGUCCACAAGCAGCAGCAGUUGCAACACCAGCAAUUUCAGCAGCAGAUGGAGGAAAAGCUGCAGCUCAUGCAGAGACAGCAGCUCAUUUUCCAGCCGCCCAGUGAUCUGCCUCCUGACACUGACUUCCUAGAGGCAGCCCGUACCCGCUCCGAGAGCUCUACCCACAGCAGCCCCAAUGUCACCCCACGAGCAUCCAACCAUUCCAACAUGUCCCAGUCUGAGAUGAGACAUUCAUCUAAUGAGCAUGAGGAUCCAGAGGAAGAAUCCAACAUUGUCAGAAUUGGAAAUAUCACUUUCAACCCCAGAGAUGUACUUGGACAUGGUGCUGAGGGAACUAUUGUGUACAGGGGUCAGUUUGAUAACCGUCCAGUGGCUGUGAAAAGGAUUCUCCCAGAAUGCUUCAGCUUUGCUGACCGUGAGGUUCAGCUGCUGCGCGAGUCAGACGAGCAUCCAAAUGUGAUUCGUUAUUUCUGCACUGAGAGAGACCGUCAGUUUCAGUACAUUGCCAUAGAGCUGUGUAGCUCCACACUGCAAGAGUAUGUGGAACGAAAGGAUUUUAACCGCCAUGGUUUGGAGCCAGUGACCCUGCUAGAGCAAACAAUGUCUGGACUGGCUCAUUUACAUUCACUUAAUAUAGUCCACAGAGAUCUGAAGCCACACAACAUCCUGGUUUCAAUGCCGAACACACAUGGGUGUGUGAAGGCCAUGAUCUCAGACUUCGGCCUAUGCAAGAAGCUGGCAGUGGGUAGACACAGCUUCAGCAGGAAGUCUGGGGUCCCAGGAACUGAGGGCUGGAUUGCCCCAGAAGUGCUCAGUGAGAAUGCAAAGCAUAACCCUACCUGCAUGGUAGACAUCUUCUCUGCAGGCUGUGUGUUUUACUACGUGGUGUCUGAAGGCCACCACCCUUUUGGAAAGUCCUUGCAGAGGCAAGCAAAUAUUCUGCUGGGUGCAUACUCACUGGAAUACUUAGAUCCUAACAGACAUGAAGAUAUUGUUGCCCGAAACUUGAUCGAGCAGAUGUUAAGUAUGGAACCAGAGAAGAGACCCUCAGCAGACAGAGUGCUAAAACAUCCCUUCUUCUGGAGCCUGGAAAAACAGCUGCAGUUCUUCCAGGAUGUGAGUGAUAGAAUUGAGAAGGAGCCGAUAGAUGGACCAAUCGUGAGACAGCUGGAGAGAGGAGGACGGGUGGUGGUCAAAGCCGACUGGAGAGAGCAUAUCACAGUGCCUCUACAGACUGAUCUUCGCAAAUUUCGUUCAUACAAAGGCGGAUCGGUCAGAGAUCUUUUACGUGCUAUGAGAAACAAGAAACACCAUUACCGAGAGUUACCUAAUGAAGUCCAGGAAACACUGGGAUCCAUUCCAGAUGAAUUUGUCUCGUACUUUACUUCCCGUUUCCCUCUUCUUCUGCUGCACACACAUCUGGCAAUGCGUUUCUGUGCUGUGGAGCGACCUUUUCUGCCUUAUUACCAUGCUUCUGAACUGCUCACACACCACACAGUAGCACAGUGUGCGCCACAGGCUCCCUCUACACAGCAUUGCAGUCCACCAGUGCUCUCCGGACUGUCGUCAUCCAGUCAGAUAUCAGCAGCUUCACAUGAACUGUCAGACACACUGUCUGAAAUGGCCGUCUUACCUGAGAUCAUCACAGAGCACAUGCAGACAGUCCCAGUGCCACCCACACUGUUCACACAAGAGACCGGAGCUCCGUAGUGCCAAAUGGAUGGACCCUUUUUGGACACAUUCCAGGGAUAAGCCGUCUCUUUGUGUGGAUGCAGUCUGGGCCUGCAGUGUCCAUUCUGUGUCACCACAGAGACCGCUGUCCCAUCUUUAGUGCCUUACAAUGCUCAUUCUAGACAACAGCUCUUGUCUGAUUGAUUUACAUAUUCAUGGCAGAGAUGAUUUGGAGGAUGCUGAAAAAGAUAAUUUUGGGUUGUUAGUUGAAGUGAAUGCAAGAAAUUCCACUGUGCAAUGUUAAGUCAUGCUCGGUAAAAAGAGAACAUGCUAUUGAAUAUAUAUUUUUGUACAUAUUUUGAUAAUUGAUAAUUAGUUGAAGUGGCCAUUGUGCCUUUUUAAAUGACACUGUGCACAGACUUGGUCCUGAGACAAAGUUAAUGCUUGUGGUUUCGCUUUUUGUCUUUGCUGCUGAAAGCUGUUAAAGGACUAGUUCAACCAAAAAUGAAGAGAGGCAUCAUUUAGUCAUCCACAGAUGUACAGGUUUCAGUCAAAUAGUUGAAUAGUCACUGUUCACUUCUGUAUAGCUGCUGCGACGCCCCAAAAGGCCCAAAACUCAACUUAAAAGGAGUUCUUGGGUUUGCGCUAAAUAUUCUGAUGAAAUGCAUGCAAAUUUUAAUUAUUACUCACUGAUAAUCUCCCGCUGCACUGCAUUUCUUAAUUCAACUACAUCCUGUUAAGAUGUCAUACCAUAUUUGACAUCAACGAAGCCAAAGAGCAUUGGUUAUCAUAUAUUUGUAAAGCACAAAUCACAUUUGUGCGCAAACGCUAAAGCUUAUUCAGGAGUGCACAAGCCACCUCUAAGCGAAAAGUAAAUGAUGACAGAAUUACAUUUUUGGGUGAACUUAUCCUUCAAAAGUCUCUAACAUGGAAUCAACUGUAUGAAAUUACUGGUAUUAUACUUUCAAAUAUUCUGGAUAUACUUUCAUGGCAAACUUAAUAUCUGUAUUGUGCUCAUAAUUUUAUUCAUUCAGUCAUGCACUUUUAGAUUUUGUUAUAUUUCAGCAAAACGUUGGUUGAACUAUGAAUUCAUUCCCUUGGAUUCUGAAUAGUGUGGUAUAGUUGUAGCUUUCAGGUGAUUCUCUUAAAUGGUUCUUAUGUAGGGAAAUAAUUAGGCUAUUUUCUUGGUUUUAUUGGAUCCCUGAUUCAAAAACUAUGGGAUAUUGUUAGGAAAUACCAGGAAAAAUGUUUUUCCUGGGCCUGAUAUUUCCAGAUGUUCUGACCUGAAAUGUACCAGAUGGAGCUUUUAUAAUGUUACUGAUUUUUAAUGUUUUAUAUAUACAAUUUUAAAUUGCACAUUUUGAGGGGGAAAAAUAUUAAAAUGCAAUGAUGCCUUUUUACAUGUAGUGUUAAUAAAAGUGCAAUGUCAUAAAA